CGAGAACAAGGCCAAAGGCAAAAUCAGGAAGAUCCAGGAGGACAAAGCGAAGUAUCUACGGUUGUUUUCAAAAGUCGAAUGCCAAGGGUACGAGUUGGUUGAGAAAGGUAUUAACUUACUACUACUGGUGGUCGUAGAGGAGCACUAGGUUCCGCCUGCCGCCGGUUUGCGAACUGGAUAAAGCUGAGGCCGCUCUUUCAGUAGCCCCAGGAUACAAAAAAAAAAGAAAUUUUUUUCUGAAAUCUCCAAAUCCAAAUCCAAAAUCGCAGGAAAUGUAUCAUCCCGCCGAUGGCUAAGUAUGCUCGUUUGGGAUGCAGUAUGAUGCUGCUUCUGUCUCUCUCUCUCGUCUCCUUCUCUGUUUUAUUCUUCUUGAUUCUCUACUUCAUUUUGGACUUGCUUCUGAUAUCGGAUCUCUCUCGUCGUCGGUUCUAGAAGUAAAAGUACUUAAACGCAAAAUGAAGAGAAUUUCAAUAAUUUUUACCCUACAUCAGUUCUGUUGACGCCGCUGAAGCGCGUCGAACUGUUUAUGACUGUCAUGAGGGAUAACGUCGAC